AAGAAAGAAAAUCAGAACAAAAUUCUAUGAAAAUUUGGUAAAAGAAAAUAGAAUCUGCAGAACAAAAAUGGAGGAAGCUAAGGCACAGCAGAACCGUAACUUCCAACAGGGGCAAUCGCCGCAGCAUCCUCAACAGGCACCUCAGCAACAGCAGCAACAGAAGCCCAUUCGACCCUUGAACCAGGUGGAGCCCCAGAUGCGUAUCAGGAUGCUUGGCAAGUCUGCCACCCAGAUUUCAAGUGGUCAUUCUCGUCUCUUUAAGAUGCCUGUGAGAGCUAAUAGAGGGACUGAUCUGCUUCAGACGGGGAGUUGGAGGGCUUAUUCGCAUCAUUUUUAGUUCAAGGGCUUAUCACUUGCUGUUAAAAAAGUUGAGGGGCUUAA